AUGCCGAGUAUAUCGAAAGUGCUUUGUCUCCCCGGAUACUUACAAAGCGGAAGUACACUAGCAAGAAAGUCUUCGGGGUUGCGCAAGAUUCUCUCGAAAAAACUAGGUAUUCAAGUCGACUAUAUCACACCAUGCCAUGAAAUCAAAUCAAGACAAGAAUUGAGUUUCCCUUUAGGUCCUACAAAUGAAGAAAGUGAUAAGGUUUGGAGUCAAAUUGUUGAGAAUGGAAGCAAUGCUAGAUGGUUUGAUGCUCAAAGUGCGAAUAAUUACAUUGGUUUAGAUGAGUCAAUAAAGUUUGUAAUAGAUCAUAUUGAAAAAAAUGGACCAUAUGAUGGGAUAAUUGGGUUUUCGCAAGGUGCCGCGAUGGCAGUCAUGAUCACCAAUUGCUUAAAAAAGUACUUGCCUGCUCAUCCACCUUUCAAAAUCAGCAUGAUUGUAUCAGGAUUUUGUCUAACUGUACCAAGUAAUGGUGACCUUAGUGAUGAGAAUAAGCAACGGAUAUUGCAGAUUACUGAUGUUCAUCAAUAUGCAACUGAAGUUAAAAUAUCGAAGAAAGCUGCCGAGUACUUAUGUGAUGCCAAUGGGGAGAGCACCGGAAAGGUUUUACCAACUGAAGUCAUUCUUCUUUAUGGAGCCAAUGAUAGUAUUGUGCCUCCAAUUAGAUCAGAAUAUGUGGGUAGUUUGUAUAACGCUAAACUGGUCCACACUUUUGCUCAUGAAGGCGGUCACUUUUUCCCAAACGAUAAAAAGGUAGUUCAACCAAUAGCAGAGCUAUUCGAUAAGAAAAUCAAUGGUAAGUUAUAG